CUGUACUUUUGCUUCGUUUCUUGUGGUUAGUGGGGUACUGUCUCGGCAGUCCGAUUAUGGACAGGGUUGAUGAGGUGAAUAAUUCCACACUGCCCCUUGAGGAAGCCCUUGUUGACAACGACAGGAUUUACUACUACCAACAGCAUCUUUCUUUCCUCCAAAGUGCCAUUCAGGACGGUGUCAAUGUCAAGGGGUAUUUUGCAUGGUCAUUGUUGGACAACUUUGAAUGGAGUAGUGGCUAUACUGUACGCUUUGGUAUAAACUUUGUAGAUUACAAAGAUGAAUUGAAAAGAUACCCUAAACUCUCAGCCCAGUGGUUCAAGAAUUUUUUGAAGAAAUAAGGUGAAAUCUGUAUGUAAACUAGAGGGGAAAGUGCUACCCUCUGUAUAUAUUGUCUUGGAUCGAUAAAAAUAAAACCAAGAUGAUAUGUUUCUACACAUGCUUUUUUUUUUUUCUCCAUUUAUAUCGUAAUAAUGUAUACUCGUGAAACAAUGGCAAUAUGUUGUCAGUGAACUAGCAUAUGCUUGUAUGGAAAAAUUAAUAAAUAUCCUAGUUUUAC